AACUCACCGUCUCAUUGACUGUUCCUUCUGUGAUUUUCUUACGAUUUGCUAAUGGCUUCUCUUGCUUUUUCUUCUGGAAAUCUUGCAACCGCCAGCAAAUUUCGAUCGGCCAUUACUAUUCCUGCAAGGAACGCCUUAAUUAGCUGCAGGGUCAAUCUUGCGGAAAAUGGGAAGCCUGGUGUACCAACCCUCACCAGAAACCAAGAAACAUUCCCUAAGUAUUUUACUCCAUAUGAGUUUGAGAGGGAUCCAAAAAAGAAAGAUGAAACCAAACUUCGGGUGUUUUCGGGCACAGCCAAUCCCAGACUGUCUCAGGAAGUGGCAUGCUACAUGGGUCUAGACCUUGGAGAUAUUAAGAUAAAACGUUUUGCCGAUGGUGAAGUAUACGUUCAGUUGCUUGAGAGUGUUAGAGGGUGCGAUGUAUUUCUUGUGCAACCAACAUGCCCUCCUGCAAAUGAGAAUCUCAUGGAGCUUUUGGUAAUGAUAGAUGCUUGUCGGAGAGCAUCUGCGAAAACUGUUACUGCAGUUAUUCCAUAUUUCGGAUAUGCAAGGGCUGAUCGGAAGACUCAAGGGCGGGAAUCAAUUGCGGCUAAACUUGUUGCGAAUCUUAUAACAGAAGCUGGGGCAGAUCGUGUUCUUGCUUGUGAUCUUCAUUCUGGGCAAUCUAUAGGCUAUUUUGACAUUCCAGUAGACCACGUACAUGGUCAGCCGGUCAUGGUUGAUUAUCUUGCCAGCAAGACCCUCUCCGCUGAGGAUUUAGUAGUGGUCUCACCAGAUGUUGGUGGAGUCGCUAGAGCUCGAGCUUUUGCAAAUAAAUUAUCCGAUGCGCCAUUGGCCAUUGUUGAUAAGCGUCGUCAUGGACAUAAUAUGGCAGAGGUAAUGAAUUUGAUUGGUGAUGUGAGGGGUAAAGUAGCAGUUAUGGUGGAUGACAUGAUCGACACUGCUGGUACCAUCUCCAAAGGAGCAGCCUUGUUGCAUCAUGAAGGUGCGAGGGAAGUAUAUGCUUGCUGCACCCAUGCUGUUUUUAGUCCUCCUGCUAUUGAAAGACUGUCAAGUGGUCUUUUCCAAGAGGUGAUCAUCACAAAUACACUUCCGGUGUCUGAGCAGAAUUGCUUUCCGCAACUGACUAUCUUAUCCGUAGCAAACCUGCUUGGUGAGGCUAUCUGGCGUGUGCAUGAUGACUAUGCUGGGACUUUUGAACACUUUUCUGGCUUGGGUAUUGACUGAGAUCAGGAGGCAAUGUGAAUGGUAUGUAGUUUGUAACUUCAACUUGCGUUUUUAUUGCGUGAAUUUAUGUGGAAUAUAACUUAAAAGAGUACAGAAUACACCAAUAUUGUAGCUUAACACAUAUUGCGUUGAA